UUGGUAUUUCCAGCUAUAGUUCCUAGGUCUCUAGUAGGACAUUACCUUUGGCAUUUGAGUAUUUAAACUUCACUGCCAGAGACUUUAUCAGUUCAUACCAAGUCUCAAUCCAGUUCAGAAAACCAAUUCACGGCUGAAGAGAAGCUGCGUGACGAUGGCAAAGCUUACUGUGUGGCUCUCCAUUAUGCUGGUGCUGCUGGUGGCCCUGACUGAAAGCAGCCCCUUCUGCUGCACACAGUACCAAGAAAAUCCAAUCCCAGUGAAACGUCUGAAAUACUACAGAAUCCAAGAGGUCACAGAUCACUGCAACAUCAAGGCAAUAAUUUUCAAGACAUUGAAAAACAAACUUGUCUGUGCCGAUCCUGACAAAAAGUGGGUGAAAAUUGCACAGGAGUCUUUACCAGAAAAACCUUGAGCAGCAUCUUCACUCGUGGAGAUCACCUGAGGAAAACAACUGAAAGGCAUAAGAUUAAUAUAAUGUAGGCUAUUAUGUCACAGUCAAUACAUCUAAUAUUCUUUUUGUAUUCUUUUA